AUGCAGACUGAUCACAAGUGUCUCGUGGUCAAGCAACAACAAAUGCGCUCCUUGAGUGACAGCCCACCGCUCAGCCCACCCCUCAGCCCACCCCUCAGCCCACCCCUCAGCCCACCGCUCACAACACCCCUCAGCCCACCCCUCAGCCCACCGCUCACGCCCACACCCACCGCUCAGCCCACCCCUCAGCCCACCGCUCAGCCCACCCUCAGCCCACCGCUCAGCCCACCCCUCAGCCCACCCCCACCCCUCAGCCCACCAGCUCAGCCCACCCUCAGCCCACCCCUCAGCCCACCGCUCAGCCCACCGCAGCCCACCCCUCAGCCCACCCCUCAGCCCACCCCUCAGCCCCCCCCUCAGCCCCCCCCUCAGCCCACCCUCAGCCCACCGCUCAGCCCACCCCUCAGCCCACCCCUCAGCCCACCGCUCAGCCCACCCUCAGCCCACCCCCCACCCUCAGCCCACCCCUCACCCACCCCUCAGCCCACCCUCAGCCCACCGCCUCAGCCCACCCCCCACCCUCAGCCCACCCCUCAGCCCACCCUCAGCCCACCCUCAGCCCACCCCUCAGCCCACCCCUCAGCCCACCCCUCAGCCCACCCCAGCCCACCCUCAGCCCACCCUCAGCCCACCGCUCAGCCCACCCCCCACCGCUCAGCCCACCCCUCACCCACCCCUCAGCCCACCGCUCACGACACCCCUCAGCCCACCCCUCAGCCCACCGCUCACCACACCCCUCAGCCUACCCCUCAGCCCACCGCUCACGACACCCCUCAGCCCACCCCUCAGCCCACCGCUCACGACCCACCCUCAGCCCACCCUCAGCCCACCGCUCACGACACCCCCUCAGCCCACCGCCUCACCCACCCCUCAGCCCACCCCUCAGCCCACCGCUCACGACACCCCUCAGCCUACCCUCAGCCCACCGCUCACGACACCCCUCAGCCCACCCCUCAGCCCACCGCUCACGACACCCCUCAGCAUCAUUAG